UAUUUUUGAUUGUAAAUGUAAAACUGCGCACAUCUUGUUUAUGCAUUGCAGUGACUAAUAGUCGUCUGUUUUAUGUUUUAUAUCAGUUUAACCAUCGAUAAAUUUUAUCAGCAGAACUUACGUUUGAAAAAGGUUCAUAAUAAAAUUUUGAAUAAUUGUUUUGGUUAUGUUUUAAUUUGGAGCAAAAAUUUUUUUGCUGAUGCAGUAAGAAGCUAAAUAUAAGCAAAAACAAGCAAAAUAAGCAAAUUUUGUGCUUCAGCCUUACGAUACUUAAUUAAAUUGGUUUAAUUAGUGCACUGGUUAUUCUUUUAUUGGAUAUAAGUAAUAACUGAUGGACGCCACAUCCAUGUACAGUAUAACCCAACUGCAAGACCUGCUCAAAGACCCAGAUGAGACUAAUGACUCAUCGGACGAUGAACUGGACACAGGUGUGAUCAAACAGGCCAAAGCCACUCCCGGUUCCAUUGGAGCAAACAGUAGCAAAACAAGUGCCAAUUUAAACCCAGCGAAGCCAGUUGAAAAAGAUCCGAAUGACAUCUGGGACGAGACAGAGGUGGAUGAGAAGCCAGUGGUGGACUUGGAUGACCCCAGAGCACAGCCGGAGUAUGACCUGAACUACAGCCAGAAUGUUUCCAGUGAAGACAUGUUUCUCCAGAUGGGGUACAAAACUCCUUCGACUGCGUGUGCUGAUAACUUGAUUCUCAAAAUAUGGCUGGAUGUUUCAACCGCCAAAGAUAUAGAACUAGACGUCAAACCAGAGCUAGUCGACUGCAGAACUAAAUCACACCGUCUCACUCUCUCCCUCCCCCACCCGAUAGACGAGAAGAGAGCCAAGGCACAGUUCGAUGUUGAUACAUCUGUGCUCACUUUGACGCUGCCUUUGAAUCGAGAGUUGGAAUUUCUGCAUCAGUCGUGACAAAGAAUUUCACUUUGGGUUGUGAACAAUAAUUUUAUACCAUUUUUGAUAAUUUGAUCGUUAUAAAUUUUGAUUUGGUCAAAAAAAAUUUCUGUUUCUCUCUUC